AUGGAUCCUCAUGUAGCCUGGAAGGAGUACUUGAGAAAGAUGUGUUUCUCCUACAAUGACUCUUUCGAUAAGGAAGAUGAUAUGUUCAUAGAGACUAUGAGAGCAUGGCAAGCCGAGUCAGAGGAAUCGGAGAGGCGACUUUGGGGCGGUUCAGUGCCCAGUCGGAAGCGCAUCCACCGUUAUCGGCUGGAGGGCCAUAUGAGGUUGUACAACGACUACUUUGCUGAUCCCCCCGUGUACCCCGACUACAUUUUCCGUCACCAGUUCCGGAUGAAACGUAAUCUUUUCCUCAAGAUUGUUGGGGUGGUUGAGGAGAAGGACACGUGGUUUCAAUAG